GCAAUUAAGUCCUACGUAUACAGAAUACAUUAUAAAACAUGCAUUAUUCUCCAGCCCUAAUGGUAACAUCAGACCAUUUCAAAGCCUCCCUUCGAAAUUACGCAUUUUGCUAUGCAAUCAGUAAAAUGAAGUGCUGCAAUUCAGCCUUCAUUAAACCAGGCAGAAUUAUCCAUUGUCACUAUUAGCUUGAUGUGGGUCUUAAAGGUCAUACUCAAUGUCCAUUCUGCUGGGGACGUGCACAUAGAACGUUAUGUUCCCUGCCCUAAAAGCUAUCGGAUGGAAGAGUUUGUGACCCCACUGAGGGAAAGCGAUGAGUUCAAGGGUUCGCUGGUAGCAGAGCAAACAGCAGCUGCCUGUACUUUACUGCAGCCCUUAAGCACAGAGCCUUUGUCUGGGGUUCCCUUGUCCCGUACCCUGCUUUUGUGCUAAAUCAUUAAUGUCCUAGAGGGGACAGGGCUUCGGCGCCCGGGUAGUGCUGAGUGGGAGAGGAGCGUGGCCUGCGUGCCCAUAAACCCUCUAUAACUCCUCUCUGCCGGGCCUCUGCGAGGAGAUGGCGGGGCGCAAUCCCACCCCAGGCCCAACACCUCCCCCGGCGGCCAUGACAGCCCGCCCCGCGAACCCGCCCGCCGCCGUUGCUAGGAGACGGCCCGGCCGCGUCACCAGCCCCGAGUACCGGCCAGCCCGCUCCCGGCCCGGCCCCGCAGGCAACAUGGAGGAGGAAAAGUCUGCAAAGAUGUAUCUAGAAGAAAGUGCUUUUGAAGCACUGGAAAAAGACUUCCAAGAAGUCAUCAAUCUACUUAAGGGAGAUAACACUCUGGAAAAAUUUCGAACAGAAUAUGAAAAGCUCCAUGCUGUUUUGAAGAAGUCUCAUGAAAAUGAAAAGCGUCUCAUGGAAAAAUGCAGGGAGCUGAAUGCUGAACUUGUGGUGAAUUCAUCUAAAGUAGCUGCUCUCACAAAGCUCUCUAAGGAUGAUCGGGGAACUAUAACAUCAAUGAAGAUGGAGAUUGAAAAAGCCUGGAAAAUGGUGGAUGCAGCCUAUGAAAAGGAACAAAAAGCAAAGGAAACAAUUCAUUCACUACAAGAGGAAAUUGCACGCCUAACUAGUUCAGUGGAGCAGAGAUCUGGACUGUCCUCCAGUCAGGAAUACAACAUCAGUGAUUUGAUAAAAUACAAAGAAGAGAUAACAAAGGAGCGAGACCAGCUCUUGUCAGAGGUGGUGGAGUUACGUCAAAGUCUAACUCAAGCCACAGAGCAGCAGCAGGAUACAGAGAGAGCAAAGAAUGAGGCAGAUCAAGCUGUUAUGCAGCUUCAGCAAGAAAUCCAAAUGCGUAACAAUGAAGUAUCACGAGAAGCUCGAAAUAAAGAAAAAAUGGAUAAGGAGCUGAAAAAUCUUCAAGCUGAAAUCAUUAAUAAGCAAGCUGAGAUCAAGAAUUUACAGCAAUGUAUACAAAAGAACAAAGAGGAGCAACUGAAAAUGGAACAGCACCUAAAAGAGCAGAAGAUGUUGAAUGAAAGAACUAGUAAGGAACUUGAGCAAUUUCAGAUGAGAAAUAAUAAGCUUAUGCAAGAGAGUGAGCAGCACAGUGCAAUGUUUCAAGGAGUAGUGCAGGAUCUUCACAAAAAGACAGCAGAACUGAAAGUCAGAGAAGAUGAACUGACUCAGGUGCACCUUGAAAUUUCAAAGAUGAACAAAGUAAGAGGUGUUCUCCAGAGUAAGCUACAAGCUGCAGAGGAAAAGAAAGUUGCUGCAGGACAGGAGAGAGAGACCCUAAAAAAUCAAAUAUCUGGUCUAGAGAGAGAGCUGGAGGCUGCCAAAAAGCAAGCAGAGAUUGACAAGAAAGCUGUAGGUGAUCUUGUGAGGGAAAGGGAUACGCUAAGCAAGAACUUGAACAAGGCUGCCAAUGCCAUUCAGAAGCAGACAGAUUUGGUGAUGCUCCAUGAACAGUCCAAAAGAAAUUUAGAAGAUGAAAUUCAAAAUUAUAAGAAUGAAGCUCAGAAACAAAGGAAGAUUAUUUACCAGUUGGAGAAGGAGAGAGAUUGUUUCAUCAAUGAAGCCAGUGAUCUCAAACAGAAGGUCCUCCAGCACCUGAAAGAUGUUGAAAUACGGGAAGUGAAGAUCUGUGAUUAUGAGAAGAAAAUAGAAGAGGCUGAGAUUAAAUUAAAACAGGAACAAAACCGCUUUGAAACUGUGAGAACAGAGAGGAACCUGUACAGUAAAAAUCUGAUUGAAGCUAAGGAUGAGAUAACAGAAAUGAAGAAGAGACUGAAAACUGUGACGCAUCAGGGGGAUCAGCUGAAAGAGGAGAUUUCAAAGAAUGAAGAAGCUCUUGUGAAAGCACGUCUAGAACAUCAGCGACUAGAGAGGGAGAAGGAAUCACUGAAAGCUGAACUGUUUAAGAUGAGACAACAAGCUCUGGAGACCAAGCACUUUAUAGAAAAUCAGGAGGCAGAAGAGAGAAAACUCCUAAAAAUUAUUGCUGAGGCUGAUGCUGAGAGGCUGAAGCAGAAGAAGGAAUAUGACCGGGUUAUCAACGAGAGAGAUGUCCUUGGGUCCCAGCUUGUUCGGCGCAAUGAUGAAGUGGCUCUUCUCUAUGAAAAGAUCAAAAUCCAGCAAUCCAUCUUAAACAAGGGUGAGACCCAGUACAGACAGAGAAUGGAAGACAUCCGGCUUCUCAAGCUGGAGAUUAGAAAACUUCGUCGUGAGAAGGGAAUACUUGGUAAAACUGUGGCUAAUGUACAGGAGCUCAGACAGGAGGUUCAUCACAUGCGGAAGGAGCUGUUAAGAGAACAGACUCGGUGCAAAGUUUUGGAAGAAGAACUGGAGAAUCCCUUGAAUGUUCACAGAUGGAGAAAACUAGAGGCCAGUGACCCAAGUACCUAUGAGCUGAUCCAGAAAAUACAGAGGCUACAGAAGCAGCUUAUCAGCAAGACAGGUGAAGUGAUAGAAAAAGAAUUGCUCCUACAGGAAAAGGAUAAAUUAUAUGUGGAAUUGAAGCAUGUCCUGGCCCGGCAGCCGGGACCUGAAGCCGCAGAACAGUUGCAGCUCUACAGGCACACUCUCCGAGAGAAGACCAAACAGCUGAAAAUUUUGUCCUCAGAACUGAAUAUGUAUGAAUCACAGAGCCAAGAAUACAAAUAUGAAAUUGAAAGGCUUGCCAACGAGCUUCUGAACGUGAAAAAGAAAUAUCUGGCUCAGAAACGCAAGGAACAACAGGCCAAGGAGAAGGAGCGAACCUUGGCUGAAACGGAACCUGAGUUCCCACACCUCAGAUCUGAUGUUCCUCGCUUCACUGGAGGGGGCUUUGCUCUCAGCAGACCCAUUCCCAAAGUCACAGCUUAGGAGUGGACUCAUCGCUUUCCCAGUUUCUUGCUAAACUCUGCCUGCGCUGCGUUGUUUGACACAUGAGAAUUUAGAAAAAAAAAUCAGAAUCAACUUUUGUUCUGAAAUCAGUGUAUAGCCUUCGGGAAUAAUAAAGGCAUUUUGUGUUAGAACUAACCUACUUCAGGUUUAGAAACAGUGGACCAAAUCAUCCUGUAUGAUGCCAGCAGAAACCUGACCUGUAGAACUGAGUAGUGGAGACCACGCAGAUAUUUCUUCAAUACUGUAUCUCUUUAUUUAGCACAGUAACACCACAAAAUGCCUUAAUAUGUAGAGUGAUUUCCCCUUUAUCUACCUCUGUUGUAAGCACUCACUCCAUUUGUCAUCUGAGUCAAAACACCUGAAAGAAAAGAGAAAACAGAAAAGAAAAAUUAAUAAGCUGAUGUUCCAAGCCCUACUGAGCAAAUGCAAAAUUAACAACUCUGUUCUUAGAUGUACACAUGUAGCAGUUCUUUGUGCAGGUGGUAUAUAAUUUGGUUUAUUCAGUGUUUGCUACUGUUGUUAGUAAGAUCAAGGAAGCUUGUGGCUGCAAUGUGCAUUAUUAAGAAUGUGAUUCUGUUUACUCUGAUAGACACAAAGUGACAUAAUUAUGCCUAUUCAACUGGGGAGACUGCACACUGGCUGGGACAUGCUGUUCUCCCACGUAAAUCCUUCCCAGUAAGUCAAACUUGGACUCAAAACAUGGGAAACUUUACUCUUUAAUUUCUAGGCACUUGGGCAUUUUUGCAACUUUCAGAAAUUGUUUUUGUAAUGCAGCAGGAGCCCUCCAACCUUUCCAGCCAAAAGAGAUUUAAUUACCAUUCAUUAACAAGUGAAAUAACAAAGUCACGGCAUGAGGUGCUGAAGUAUAGAAAACUUUCAAGCUGUAAAAUAAAAUGUUUUCAAACUGAUUUGUACAUGGAAGCUCUUUCUCAGCCUGGGGGAUAAAAAUACUUGUCCAAAGAGAUAUGCUGAUAAAUAUUUCACACGCACAAAAAAAAACCCUUUGCAAAGAUUUUGUUCUUUCCUUUGGUGGAAUACAUAAUUAAAUAUUAAAGCUACUGUGGGAAA